UUUUCUUUUGUACACGCGGAAAAGAUGCGCGCCCACUGGUUUCCCACAGGUUGUAAAUUCCAGGUCGUCUUUCUCUUUCUUCCGCCGCCUCAUUCGAACCGGAAAUAUCGAAGACUAUUAAAGGGGAAGCCUACCCCUUGCCUUUUGAAAGUCAGCAAGCGUUUCUAUAUUUGCUCCUCUGUUUCAUUGCAGUUUUUGUUAAAAAAUUUCUAGAUUCUGCGUUGAUUGUGAUCAAAAGAUGGCAGAAUCUAACCAACACUCCUCCUUUGAAUCUGUCAGAAAGUGGGUUAUCGAGCACAAGCUUCGCACCGUCGGAUGUCUAUGGUUGAGUGGAAUAACGGGAUCGAUCGCUUACAAUUGGUCAAAGCCUAAUAUGAAAACCAGCGUUAGGCUCAUCCAUGCCAGGUUGCACGCACAGGCACUUACACUUGCAGCGUUAGCGGGAGCUGCAGCGGUUGAGUACUAUGACCAAAAGACCAGCAACACUAAUGCCGAACGAUAUCCCAAAUUUAUUGGCGUAGAUCCCUAUUUGCACAAGAAAUGAAGGGGUCCAUCGUGCACGAAACUCCCUACGAUGAUUAGUCUAUGGUUGUUUCCUCUUUCUUUUUCAGAUUUUUUGUCUUUUUUAAGGGGCCCCUAAGGUUUCGGGGUUUAACAAUUGUGUUAAAUUCUAACAUGAGUGUUGUGCUAGCUAACAUGAUAGUACUUGGUAUCAUUUUGAUUCAAAUUAAAGUUUGUAAUAUAAUGUUGUAUUGGGAAAAAUUGAGUUUACCUAUUAAAGUGAUAUAAAGAUGGCGUGUCAUGACACGUAGAUUGAUCAAAGA